GUUUCGCGGAUUGGUCCCGGCCCGGAGCUCAGCUGUGGAGCGUACCGGGACCCGCAGCCGGCGGCCUGAGGGAUGGACGAAACGAGCCCACUGGUGUCCCCCGAGCGGGCCCAACCCCCGGACUACACCUUCCCGUCCGGCUCGGGCGCUCACUUUCCGCAGGUGCCGGGGGGCGCGGUCCGAGUGGCGGCGGCGGCUGGCCCGGCCCCCUCUCCGCCGGGCUCGCCAGGCCACGACCGGGAGCGGCAGCCACUGCUGGAUCGGGCUCGGGGCGCGGCGGCCCAAGGCCAGACCCAAACCGUGGCGGCGCAGGCCCAAGCCCUGGCCGCCCAGGCGGCGGCGGCGGCGCACGCCGCGCAGGCCCACCGCGAGCGGAACGAGUUCCCGGAGGACCCCGAGUUCGAGGCGGUGGUGCGGCAGGCCGAGCUGGCCAUCGAACGCUGCAUCUUCCCCGAGCGCAUCUACCAGGGCUCCAGCGGAAGCUACUUCGUCAAGGACCCUCAGGGGAAGAUCACUGCUGUCUUCAAACCCAAGAACGAAGAGCCAUAUGGGCACCUUAAUCCUAAGUGGACCAAGUGGCUGCAGAAACUAUGCUGUCCCUGCUGCUUUGGCCGUGACUGCCUUGUCCUCAACCAGGGCUAUCUCUCAGAGGCAGGGGCCAGUCUGGUGGACCAAAAACUGGAACUCAACAUUGUACCCCGUACGAAGGUAGUAUACCUGGCCAGUGAUACCUUCAACUAUAGUGCCAUUGACCGAGUAAAGUCCAGGGGCAAGCGGCUUGCGCUAGAGAAAGUGCCAAAAGUUGGGCAGCGGUUUAAUCGCAUCGGGCUACCGCCAAAGGUUGGUUCAUUCCAGCUCUUUGUUGAAGGCUACAAAGAUGCAGACUACUGGCUACGGCGUUUUGAAGCAGAACCUCUCCCGGAGAACACUAACCGGCAGCUACUGCUGCAGUUUGAGCGGCUGGUGGUGCUGGACUACAUCAUCCGCAACACUGAUCGAGGCAAUGACAACUGGCUGAUUAAAUAUGACUGUCCAAUGGAUAGUUCUAGCUCCCGGGACACAGACUGGGUGGUGGUGAAGGAGCCUGUUAUCAAGGUGGCUGCCAUAGACAAUGGGCUGGCUUUCCCCCUGAAACAUCCUGACUCCUGGAGGGCAUAUCCCUUUUACUGGGCCUGGUUGCCUCAGGCAAAAGUCCCGUUCUCUCAGGAGAUCAAAGAUCUGAUUCUUCCAAAGAUUUCGGACCCUAACUUCGUCAAGGACUUGGAGGAGGACCUAUAUGAACUCUUCAAGAAAGAUCCUGGUUUCGACAGGGGCCAGUUCCAUAAGCAGAUUGCUGUCAUGCGGGGACAGAUCCUAAAUCUGACCCAGGCUCUGAAAGACAACAAGAGUCCCCUGCACCUUGUCCAGAUGCCACCCGUGAUUGUCGAGACGGCCCGUUCCCACCAGCGGUCUUCUAGCGAGUCCUACACACAGAGCUUUCAGAGUCGGAAGCCCUUCUUUUCGUGGUGGUAGCCCAAGAGGCAGACAAAGACAUGUUGUUUGAGACUUGGGCUGGGAGGAAGCCUGGGGAGUGGGUUGCAGGAAAAGCCAGAGAAGCCGGUGGAGAGCAGUGCCCUUAAGAGCCCUUCUUCUCUGCUUGCCACCCCCUCAGCGCUUUCCCAAGCACAGGGAGAAGCACAAUCGGAGGGACAGUAUGUGCUGUUGGGCCCUUCAAAGUGCUAGGGAGGGCUGGAGCCUCCAUGCAAGUGAGUAGUCCAGAGGCCCCGGAAGGAGCAUCUCCCAGCAUCCUCUGGGGGCAGGCUGGGAAAUCCCCUUCCCUCCCUGACACCCUGCUCUGUGGCAAUUCCUCAUUAUAUUCUGCAUCAGAAAAUGAGCACACAAAUACGAAUUUAAAUAUUAGUAGCAAAACCCAGGCAGAAUCCCAGAUCCUCUCAGGUCAGAAACCUCUGAUCCAGACCUAAAUUUGCAUGGACCCAGACACUCAGGUGCCUCACAGUUCCUUACUCCCGUGGACCAAUGCGGCUGGGUGAUUCAGAGAGCCACUGGGUGACUCACCAGUUGGGACAGACAGAAGCCACACCUUUCCUUUGGAUUUUUGCCAAGUUUUCUUCCCCUUCUCCCACCAGUGCAAUAGGUGACUAAAAGCCUCCCAGCCCAGUUCUCAUGGUCGGGACACUUUUGCUCCGGAACUCUCAGUGGUUCUGCAUAUGAUCAUAGAGAUCGGCUCUGCUCUCUGCCCUGCUAAGGACGCAGGCUCCCUAGUCCAGGCUUGCAGUUUACCUGCCAUUUAGGCAAAGGCAAGAGGGAGGAAGUGGCCUCCCCAGCAUGCAGAAGCGAUCCAUCUGGCCUAAGUGCAUGCUGGGAGCUGUAAUUGGUCUGUGGGUAAACUUAUCCCAGCCUUGCUUCCUGAGUCCUGGUGAUAAACUCCCCCCGGUCCUCUAAUUUGUUCUGUUGUUAGCUAUUUUUUUUCUCAACACUUUUGACUUAGGGGUUCAGUUCUGGGUUCUGGAGUGGGUCUCUGAGGUGAAUCUCAGCUCAUGAGAGGACAGGAUAUUAGGUCCCUGGACUUCUCUGUAUGCCACCACCUGCUGCUUGGUGGAGGUAACGGGACUCAUGUUCUCUUCCUAGUCGGCAGCUUCCCUUUGCUCCCUGACUUCUUGUUCCAGGCCAGUUUUUCGCUGGCUUCUUGAGAAGGGCAGGGCCCAGAGGAGAAAGGCCUUUAAACUGUCCCGCAGUGCCUGCCCAGCUCAGUGUGCAUCUUCCUGCUUCCAUGUCUCUUUCGCCUCAGCUGUCCCCCUUGCCAGGUGUCCGAGCCCUUUCUACACCAAAGCAAAGAAUGGCCUCAGGAGGGAGUGAAGAGGGUGCCAUCUGUGGCUAAGGGGCAGUUCUGCGCUACUGGACACUUCAAGAUUCUGGCACCCUGCGAUUGGUCAAUCAGCCUUGGAAAGAAACAAUCUUGAAGGUUUGAAAAACAACCAAAGAAAGGGAGCGAGGACUAUGGCUGCGUGCCCUCUGCUUGCCCAGCUCCCGCUGCCCAGGAGGCAGAGCAGAGAUGUGCAGUCCUCUUGUCAGCUGGGCCAAGCUGGCCCCUUUGCAUUCCAGCCCCCAGGAGCCAGUUUGUGCUGGGGUUCCCUCCAGCUGACAGGAAGCGUCUCUGGGAGCUGGAUAUGCAUGCCCUGUGGACAAAGACACAGCUCUUAGCCCUGACAAUCUCAUUCGGCCACCCUGGAAUCUGGCCUGGCGGGACCAUGUUUGUGACAGUGCCUGCACCCAGACUGCAGGAGCAGCAGGGCUCCCAGAGGCCAGAGGGGACCCAGGUGUGUCUAGCUCUCCAAAGACCUCUCUACACAGACCUGUUGGUAAAACUUCCCACCUGGGCGUUGAGAGAGCCCAAGCAGUCUUAGAGGAAGCUGCUUGCUUCCCCCAGCCAAGUACAUCUGCACAUUGCCCUCAUCCAGACCAGCUCUCUGAUGAGAAGGAAAUUGGGUCCAGCGUACAAGGGGGCUGGUCCCAGUCCUGGCAGGCAAGAAUGUGGGGCAUCCUUUCUUGGCAUGUCUCCAUUCUCCUUGAAGUCUGUACUCAGGUUGCCUUGAAUGUGGACUUGGGGAGAGCUGGGGGCCCAAACUGCCAGGGCGGGCUUCUGGGCGGCACUCACGGGACAGCCCAGCCCUCUGCCAGCCCCAGGCCCGGUCCCCGUGUCAGGGAGGCGAGGCCCGGCUGGGAGAGUGCUGCUGCCUGUGCUGCUCUUCCAACGCACUGUAGGGCUUGUAUGUAAUGUAUUUAAGUCGAUACAAAUGUAUGAACAAGUCCAAAUCUGACCUUUUUUGUCUAGUGUUCUUGGGUGAAAGGAAGACAAGGUAGAAUGCAAUUUUAAACCAUGUGUUUCCAUGGAGUUGCUGAGAUAUGGCUCCUGAGUUAUACAGGUCCUCAUUUCCAAAGUCCCAGUGCUUAUUAUUUUCAUUAACUCAUUUGACACCAAAACGUCACCUGAACCUACACUGGUAUGAAUUGAAGCUAUUUGUAACCAUCAUGUUUUCCUCUUAGUGUGUAUAUCUGUUGCAGAAAUAUUAAUGUUUUGUUAUGAGAUAUUUCCCUACUAGGGAUUAUGCAGUAUUUGCACUGACUACUUCCUAAAAGCUGAAAAAAUUCUGAAUAACAGAGUCAUCUAGCCCAAAGGGUUUGGGAUGAGGAA